AAAAGUGGAAAUGUUACAAUACAUUAUUUACAGUGUUUUUAUUUGUGCUAUACACGGUAAAAGUGUGUAUCGUGAUAAUACCAACAACACCGCUGUCUUGAUUUCAAGAUAUGCAAAAGUUAGUCAUUAUGGACAAAAUGACACUCAAAAUAUACAGCAAGGACGCAGCAAUAGUGGCCAAUCAUUGUGGACCCACAGAUCAGAUGCCACUGUUGCCAGUGGUCAAAAUUUAAAAAAGAUACCACAGCAAAGAAUAUCGUACCAUUAUGCCUCAGCCAAAACGGAUGAAGGAAAUAAAAAGGAAGUAAUUCCGGGGAUAGGAGAAGUAAUUCAGGACAGAUUCAACCCUAAACCAUACUUUUUUGGAAAUGGGAACGGCGACAGUGCACCUAACCCUGUAUAUUCUCCUCCUGCAAAACAAGUUGAUGCAAAACCAUCUACAGCGGAUUCCUCUCCACCAAAACCACCGGCAAAUUUAUACACGUCUCCAUAUAGUUCAUACAAUCCACCCAACGUGUUAAAUCCUGUUGAUUAUCAAGAUAAUGGCCCCGUUUAUCCUCCCAAUACUCCACCUACUCCUAAACCCACUCAAGAUUCAUACGCUGGACCUCCUCCUGAUUCUCUAGUUGGGGGUAUAUACGAUAAGAAACCGGAUACCACUAUUUCCGAGCCUCCAAAACCAACCCAUACGGCACCCUUGCUACCCCUAGCUCCACCUUCUGAGGAAAGCAUGCCAGAUCAUCCAAUGCCCCCAGAAUCCCCAAUGCCCGAUUCUCAUCACAGCCACUCGUACGACGGACCUCCAAAUUACCCACCAAAAAGCGAAGACGACAUCUACUAUCCCCCUGAUAAUCCUCACGAAACAAUUGUCGAUCAUCCACCGAACGGACCUCCACCAAUGGGCAGUGCACCACCACCACCACCACCACCGUCAAUUGAUAGUAAGCCCGAUAUGGCCGAAGAUGAUUUGUCACCACCUCCAGCCGACAGCCCCGAUUUACGAUUCCCUUCUUAUCUUUAUGACCAUGGCCAUGGUCACGAUCAGCCUCCUUAUGAUUUUUACCAUGACCAUCACGUCUACGAAGAAGUCGAACACCCUACCACUCCAGCUCCACAGGAAGACAAAAGGGUCAGCAGCAGCCACUACAGUUACUAUUAUUUGGGCAGGAAGCUCUGGUACAUACCUCUGUAUUUCAGUAUUUACUUCGUCUUGUACGUGACUGUGCUAAUUUUGAAAAGCAUCGCCAGGCACAAGAUAGAGUUUAGGCACCACUUCGACAACGACGACAAGAGGAAGGCCAGGAAUUUAGAUUUAGAUACCGUACACAAAAAUGUAACGUCUUCGAUUAAUGCCGCUCGUUUAAAAUAUAUGUAA